CGGUGAUCAAUGGCGUUCUAAACCGCAGUUCUAACGAUCUGUUUCUCUGGAGUGCCUUUCGUGUGGCAGCAGACGGCGAGAGAGAGAGACCAUCCUCCCUCUGUCCCCGUCGCUGGAAGCCGCUGUUUUUUCUUGUCGACUUCAGUGCGGGACGUUCAGUCGAAAUCAACCGGAAGAAUUCGGAAAAUGCGUUCCGUCAACACGUAGCGAUACGAACGGUAAAUAACACGAGUAAAUCUCGUGAAUCUCCGAUCGCCGCCGAUCCAACGAUCGAUCUAACGACUCGGUCUCGUGGCCACUCGAUGAGUCACCCCGGCGACCGCUCCCCUCCCGACUGAUACAGGCUGUGUGUGCGGUAAUAGAAAAAUGAAUAUUUUCACAAAUAUAUCGGCCGCUUUCUGGUCACCGGAUAUUUGGCUGCCUCCCAACAUCACAUGGGAGGACAUCAGCCCAAAUGCGGACAAUAAGUAUGCUAAUUAUCAGCAUUUAAUAUAUCCGCUGCCCAUGGCAUUUGUUCUUCUAGGAAUAAGAUAUACUCUUGAGAGGUAUUGGUUUGCUCCCUUUGGAAGAUCGCUUAGUAUAAAAAAUAGCAGGAGUAAAAGGGCAGUGCCCAAUGAGAUAUUAGAAAAAGCAUAUCUUAGUAAGAAAACAAAGUACAAGCAGAUUUUGGGAUUGGCUAAACAAUUAGAUUGGACUGAAAGGCAAGUAGAGAGAUGGCUUCGAUUACGUCGUUCUCAAGAUAAGCCAUCUACUCUUACAAAGUUCUGCGAAAGUUGUUGGAGAUGUUUUUAUUAUGCUUAUUCAUUCUUAUAUGGCCUUGUUGUCUUGUGGGACAAACCAUGGCUUUGGGACAUAAAGGCGUGUUAUUACAAUUACCCCUAUCACCCUGUUACUAGUGAUAUAUGGUGGUAUUAUAUGAUAUCAAUGGCAUUUUACUGGGCAUUAAGCUUUUCUCAAUUCUUCGAUAUAAAGAGGAAAGAUUUCUGGCAGAUGUUUAUUCAUCACAUAGCAACUAUUGCACUUAUGUGUUUCUCGUGGGUCGGAAAUCUAACGAGGAUCGGCAGUCUGGUCUUACUUGUGCACGAUUGCGCAGAUAUAUUCUUGGAGGCGGCAAAAAUGGCCAAGUAUGCAAAUUAUCAAAAAGUUUGUGAUUGUAUAUUUGCCAUAUUUACAAUUCUCUGGGUUGUAACGCGUAUUGGUGUGUAUCCAUUUUGGAUAAUUUAUAGUACAUCUAUAGAGGCGCCUAAGAUAGUACCGAUGUUCCCUGCAUAUUAUAUCUUUAAUUCUUUAUUAAUUUUACUACUGCUUCUCCACGCGAUUUGGACUUAUUUAAUCCUUAAGAUUGCAUACCGGGCUUUAAAUGCUGGUCAGAUGGAGGGUGAUAUUCGCAGUAAUAGCAGCGACGAAGUAUCUGACACUUCAGUCAAUAAUACUCCCAUAAACAACACCACAAAUUACAUUAACAAGUCAAAUUUGAAACCGAAAGCCCACUAACAAAGCACAUACUACGUAAGCUAUUGUUUUAAAAGUCCAUCCCAAGGCAGAACAUUUAUCUGGAUGUUUAGCCAGAUGCUAAAUCUUUCUUCCUACAAGUACAAUAGAAUCUCGAGUGUGACUUUACUGUUGUAUCCAAGGCGCUAACAUUACAUACAUACAUAUUUAAUCUCUCAUAAAAAUGAGAGUAAUUAAUAUAUAUAUUUUUCAAUUUCUCUUUAGUGUUUCCCUUAAAAUAGUUGAAUGCUUUGUCACAAAUUUGCCUGCAGUCCUCUCAGUUUCAAGUGUAUUUGCGCUUAGGAGUGCACGAAGAACAACGAAAGAAACAAAACAAGAGAGGGUAAACCGUGAAACGUCAAUAAUUUGUACUGCUAAUUUAUAUAAUUUCAUCUUAUUUAAGAAUUAAUUAUUAAGUAUAUAUUUCCUUUUUUGACCGAAUUUUUAAUAUUUAGUUAAGAUAUAAGAAUGGACCAAAGACAUUCGGUGUCUGACCUCCGUCGAUAUUUUCUCAGAGUCUAAUGUCGUGCGUAACUACUUUGAAAAAUGUAUUUAUUUAUUUUCAUAUACUUUGUGAACAUCAGUCAGUGAUCGAUAAGCAUAAGAUCAAUUUAAUUAAUAAUAAAUUUCUACUAAUUAAUCACACGAUUUUCUCUUAUUCUAUUUCUUGAAAAUGCGAAGUUCGAUUAAACUAGAGCGCUAGAGCAUGAUCUACAAAUUGCGAUGAUAUAAUUUAGUUUAAGCCCAUCGCAAUAUACUUUGCGAUAUUAUAUUUUAUAUCGUUUGAACCGUUAAACAAAAAUUUUUGCAUUUAUAUAUAUAUAUCUAUAUCAACGAAUAAAUGUUACGUAAAUUGUACGUUGUGUACUUACACACGAAUCUUCACGAAUCAUCGGUAUUAAUUAUUCUUACAUAAUACUGCACUCGUAAUCAUUUCAUGUAUCGCCAAUAAAAUUUCCCUAUUGAUUCUUGGA